AUGGCUCAAUCAACAAAGACAAGUUCAACUUCAACUUCAAGUCCAAGAUCAAGACCAUCUCGUCCACCUCCACCAGGUUUACCCCAAGGUUGGUUAGCUCAAUGGGAUGAAGAAUAUCAAUGUUACUAUUAUGUCAAUACUGCUACUGGUGAAUCUCAAUGGGAAGUUCCAAGAGUAUCUGCUAACCCACCAAGAUACGAUCAACAAAGUUAUACCACCCAACCAGCUCAACAACAACAACAACAACAACAACAACAAUCUGUAUGCAAUCAUCAACAUCAAUCAUGCAACCAUCGUGGUGGUUCCGAUAUGGGAACUGCUAUUGCUGCCGGUGGUGCUGGUCUCUUAAUGGGUUCAAUGAUGGGUAGAAGAAGAAUGAUGAUGGGUGCUCCAUUAAUGAUGGGUGGUGGUAUGAUGAUGGGUAGAAGAAUGGGUCGUAUGGGUAGAAGAUGUUAA